CACAUAAAAUAUUAUUAUUAUUAUUAUUAUUAUUAUUAUUGUUUAAUUAAAAUUAAUUUUUAAUUAAUUAAAUUGAUAAGAGUGAGAAGAUGGAUCAUUCAACAAAAAAGAGUUUCCAAGCAGGAGAGACGAAGGGGCAAGCUCAAGAGAAGGGCAACCAGCUGAUGGAUAAGGCUGCCAAUGCUGCCCACUCCGCCAUGGACUCUGUACAGCAGGCCGGACAGCAGGUGCAGGCAAAGGCACAGGGCGCUGCCGACGCCGUCAAGGAUGCCACCGGCAUCAACAAAUAGACGAAUUAAUUCAUUAAUUAAGAUACAAAUAAAUAUAUAUAUAUAUAUUAAAAAAUAUUAUAUUAUAUCGAUGAUCCAUAGAUAGAUAAUC